GUUAGAAGACAGAUGAGUAUAAGAGAAUCGCUACAAAACAAAUAAUUUUGACGUAGUGACAAAGGGAAUCUUGUUAUGGCUUAGCAAAUUAUUCAAUCAUAGAAAACGUUUAUAGAAAUCAAUUAUGAAGAGUAAUAUAUAAACAAAUAGUUCAUAUUACUAUCUCUUUUGUGUACAUAUAACUUCUUCGCAAUAACUAUCUAUUUGUGCCCUGAAGUGAAAUGGAAAAUAGCCAAUGGAAUUUUACUUUCAAUUAGUGGGUACUACAGUUCAAACAGAUCAAUUCAUAGAUAACUAGAAAUGAGAUUUCAAAGAGAACAAGUAAAAGUAUUGCUCUUGUCAGCAUUGAUGGUACAUAGUGCGGUUGCAGGAAAUCCAGAUGCCAAGAGACUCUAUGAUGAUCUCUUAAGUAACUACAAUAAGCUAGUACGACCUGUAGUUAACACCACAGAUGUGCUUAAAGUAUGCAUAAAAUUGAAAUUAUCGCAGCUUAUUGAUGUGAAUCUAAAAAAUCAAAUAAUGACAACGAACUUAUGGGUUGAGCAAUCUUGGUAUGACUACAAGCUGCGAUGGGAGCCCAAAGAAUAUGGUGGUGUACAUAUGUUGCAUGUGCCAUCAGAUCAUAUCUGGCGUCCGGACAUCGUUCUAUACAAUAAUGCCGAUGGUAACUUCGAGGUUACUCUUGCGACGAAAGCCACGAUUUACUCAGAAGGAUUAGUUGAAUGGAAGCCUCCAGCUAUCUACAAAUCUUCAUGCGAAAUUGAUGUAGAAUACUUUCCGUUUGAUGAACAAACUUGCGUUCUCAAGUUUGGCAGUUGGACAUAUGAUGGAUUUAAGGUUGAUCUUCGACAUAUGGACGAACAACAAGGCAAUAAUAUUGUAGAUGUUGGAGUAGAUCUAUCUGAAUUUUACAUGUCUGUGGAAUGGGAUAUCCUCGAAGUGCCGGCAGUCAGAAACGAAAAGUUCUACACAUGUUGUGACGAGCCAUAUUUGGAUAUUACUUUUAAUAUAACAAUGAGGAGAAAGACGCUUUUUUAUACAGUUAACAUCAUCAUUCCAUGUAUGGGAAUUUCUUUUUUAACAGUGUUAACUUUCUACUUACCAUCGGAUAGCGGAGAAAAGGUCACAUUAUCGAUCUCCAUACUCAUCAGUUUGCAUGUGUUCUUUCUAUUAGUUGUUGAAAUUAUUCCUCCGACUUCAUUAGUCGUACCGCUGUUAGGAAAAUAUUUAAUAUUUGCAAUGAUAUUAGUGUCAAUCAGCAUUUGUGUAACCGUAGUCGUUUUGAACGUCCACUUUCGCUCGCCACAAACCCAUCGAAUGGCGCCAUGGGUAAAGUGCAUUUUUGUAAACUUGUUGCCUCAGUUCUUAUUCAUUAAAAGACCAAAAUACAACUUUGAAUCAAGUGGAGGUGGAACUUUAAUUGGUAGCUGCCAAAUUCAUGGAUGUAUCACACCACUAUCACAACAAGGUCCAGAUAGCUUAGCAGCCACGCCUUCUUAUAACGAACACACUUCAGAUAUUAAAGAGCAAAUACUAACAAACCGAUGCUUUUUACACACCAAAUGUAAAUCCAAAGUCCAUCGCUGCUCAUUUUGUGUGCGGUUUAUAGCAGAGCAUACCAAGUUGCAGGAGGAUUCUACAAAGGUCAAGGAAGACUGGAAAUAUGUGGCUAUGGUUUUAGAUCGGUUAUUUUUAUGGAUCUUUACAAUGGCUGUUUUAGCCGGCACCGCAGGAAUUAUUCUACAAGCGCCAACGUUAUAUGAUGACAGGAUUCCCAUAAUUGAAAACAAAAAUAUUGACUUUUCUGGCAUUUCAGCUGGACGUUGCCGUCCUUCAAAAUAACGAUAAAUUAAAUACAGUCAUAUAAUUCACAAAACUGUAGUUCACUAAUUUGUAGAUAUGUAAAUGUUAUUGAUGAACUGAUUGCAUAAUAUUAACUUAAAUUAGAAAACAUCCAACUCUAUCGCUCUAAAAGUUAACUUAAUAAAAACUCCUCCUUGGUUAUCCCAUUUGAA